GCAUCUGGGCUCUCAGGCGCUGCCGGAGGAGAGAAAUGCCCCAGGCUUUCCAGGGCACACAAAGCGCAGGCGCAGCGGGUUGGGUGGCAGCAGCAUCGAGUAGCGGCCGCUUUGGCAGCAACAUCGGCAACAGGUGUAGACAAGGUCCCGCCUGACUCAGCCCUGGAAAGUCCUUUUGAAGAAAUGGCCCUGGUGAGGGGCGGCUGGUUAUGGAGACAGAGCUCCAUACUCCGCCGCUGGAAGCGGAACUGGUUUGCCCUGUGGCUGGACGGGACCCUGGGAUACUACCGUGAUGAGACAGCGCAGGACGAGGAGGACCGUGUGCUCAUCCACUUCAAUGUCCGUGACAUAAAGAUCGGCCAAGAGUGCCAUGAUGUGCAGCCCCCAGAGGGCCGGAGCCGAGAUGGCCUGCUGACUGUGAAUCUACGGGAAGGCGGCCGCCUACACCUCUGUGCGGAGACCAGGGAUGAUGCCCUAGCAUGGAAGACAGCGCUGCUGGAGGCGAACUCCACCCCGGCCCCAGCUGGAGCCACCGUCCCUCCCAGGAGCCGCCGGGUUUGCUCCAAGGUCAGGUGUGUGACCCGCUCGUGGAGCCCCUGUAAGGUUGAGAGGCGGAUCUGGGUGCGCGUCUACAGCCCGUACCAAGACUACUAUGAGGUGGUGCCCCCCAAUGCACACGAGGCCACGUAUGUCCGCAGCUACUACGGACCGCCCUACGCGGGCCCCGGCGUGACGCACGUGAUAGUGCGGGAGGAUCCCUGCUACAGUGCCGGCGCCCCUCUGGCCAUGGGCAUGCUUGCGGGAGCCGCCACUGGGGCGGCGCUCGGCUCGCUCAUGUGGUCGCCCUGCUGGUUCUGAGCCCUGGGACUCGGAGCACUGACCCCUGCGCUUGGACUGCUAGACUCCUCUUCCUCCUGGAUCCCAUCCUCUACCAUCCAAGCCCUGUCCCACUUUGGUCCUAUCCUCUCCAUUAGCUCCUUUCGGGUUUGGACCAUUCCCCCCACUCCCCACCCUCACUCCCCACAUGGGAAGAAGCUGUCAUCCCAGAUACAAAUAUCGCUUGAAGUCUUCACAUCUACCGCCAGACACCCCCAAAAUCUGUUAUAGACAUUUAUGGAUACGGUUCCUCUAAACACACCAGGGCACAGCAAAUACUUCAUUUGGCUUCGAGUUCCCCAGGCGCUGUAGACACGACAUGAAUCGGUCUCUCUGCUCUCUCCUCAGGGAGCUAGAGGCCUGGUGGGGAGAACAGGAGUCAACAAGGACUUGACAAAGCUGAAGAGUUAUCAGUCCUUUGACAAGGACAGGUGGGGCAGAGAGCAAGACAGGUAGGCUGGAAGAACAGUUAUUGGCAAGUGUGCAGAGCCGUGAACGUCAUGGCAUGUCCAAGAAAUUAAAUGGGAGUUCAUCUGGGCUGGGGUGGAGGCCGGGAUCAGACCGUGGUGGGCCUUCAGGCUAAGGAGCUUCCUAGGUGAAAGGGGAGAUGUGAGCCUUCUCUGGAGGGAAGUUUCAUGAUUGCAUCUAUAAUAUAUUGCCUGUUUUGUGAAUACUGACACAUGCCCAUACCCAAAACAUCCCUGAGUUAAGUCCCAUCCUUCCCACAACCAGCUUCCUGGCUGGUACCCAUGAUAACAAUUGAGCUGAACCUGGGGACCCCUGGUUGGGGAACAGGUGAGUUCUAUUUGAGACUUCUAGCCCUAGAAAGCUGCCUCCGUCUGGAAAUGCCUGUCAUACCAGGAGCUCGGCCCUCUCUUUGUAGCUGUGACUGUCACCCUUUCAGGCUUUGUCUCAUCCUUCAUUCUGAAUGAGAUGGCAGUGUUCUCCUCUGGGGCCUGAUCCACCUUUACACCAGCCCAGGAAGCCCCAUCUGUGCCUGCCCUCAGGUGGUCCAGCAGUCUCCCCCUUUGGUCCCCUUCCAGUCUCUUCCCCCUUUCUAUCCCAAUCACCAAUAGAAAUGCUAACAUCCCUGCCUGGUAGCCAGACUAGCCUACUAAGGCUCCCCUGUAAAUGGGGGCUCCAUUAGUUCUGCUGCAGAGACUAAUAAAGAUUUGGUUGGCUCUAGCA